ACCCAUCAACUGUUUGUUAGUGUGCGACGGCAAAUACAGCACGUCUUGUGAAAUUCAUUCCAUCUUUUCAUUCCUUUUUUUUUUUUUAGAAAAAAAACUAUUUUAAUUUGCCUUCAAUUGAAACUAGGUACUAGAGAGUACUAGAGCCAACGAACAGGAGCCCCAUCCCCCCCCUCCUCUCCUCCCCCCAACCAAAAUACAACAGCGGAGCGACACCGCUAACCUGGCUGGCCUGGCCUGCAAAAGACAAAGAUGGCGAUCACCACCAUGACGCUCGACCCGAUCGAGCAGCUCAACGAGGAGGAGAAGCGCAAGUACAUCAAGGGCAAGAAGCUGGGUGAGGGAACGUACGCCAACGUGUACCUGGGCCACUCGCGGCAGGACCCGUCGCUGCGGGUGGCCAUCAAGAAGAUCAAGGUGCAGCAGCAGUACCGGGACGGCAUGGCGCCCGACGCCGUGCGCGAGCUCAAGUACCUGCGGGAGCUGCGCCACCCCAACAUCAUCUCGCUCCUGUCCGUCUUCAGCUCCAAGGACCAGAACCUCAACCUGGUGCUCGAGUACCUCCCGCUCGGCGACCUCGAGAUGCUGAUCCGCGACGUCGACCACGUCCGCUACGGCGCCGGCGACAUCAAGGCCUGGAUGGGCAUGCUGACCCGCGCCGUCUGGUUCUGCCACGACAACUACGUCCUCCACCGCGACAUCAAGCCCAACAACCUGCUCAUCGCCGCCGACGGCGAGGUCAAGCUGGCCGACUUCGGCCUCGCCCGCAGCUUCGCCGACCCGGGCCGCCGCAUGACCGCCAACGUCAUCACCCGCUGGUACCGGCCGCCGGAGCUGCUCUUCGGCGCCCGCCACUACGGCGGCGCCGUCGACAUCUGGUCCGUCGGCAUGGUCUUCGCCGAGCUCAUCAUCCGCGCCCCCUUCCUGGCCGGCAACACCGAGGUCGAGCAGAUCGCGCUCAUCUGCAAGCACGUCGGCACCCCGACCGAGGAGAACUGGCCGGGCGUCACCCAGCUGCGCGAGUACACCGUCCCGACCGAGGUCGUCCCCGUCUGGGGCAAGGACGCCUACAUGGGCCGCUUCGGCGCCGUCGGGGCCGAGGGCGUCGACCUCCUCGUCCGCACCCUCGCCCUCGACCCCAAGAGGCGCAUCACCGCCCGCGAGAUGCUCGAGCACAAGUGGUGGCGCACCGAUCCCAAGCCCACCCGCAAGGAAGACCUGCCCCGCAAGUCCGGCGGCGAGGAGAAGAUGGGCGCCGACCUCAAGAGGCGCAACGGCAUCCUCGACGACGAGACCAACUCGAGGGGGGCAAAAGUGGCGCGGAGGCUGGAUUUUGGACAGGGCAAGUAAAAAACAAAAAAAAAAAAAAAAAA